UUUCCACGUAAACAUUUUAUUGUGUUGGUUGCGAGAAGACGAGUUGAUCGUGCAGUUUAUUGCAAAAUUAGUUAGUACGAGUAAAAAAGUGUGAUAUUUCGGUCAUUAAAACCAUUCUCCACCUCGCGGUCAAAACGAUGGAUUCACUUAUGGAACCUACGCUGUACACUAUCAAAGGAAUGUGCAUACUGGACAACGAUGGUAACCGGAUACUGGCCAAGUACUACGACAAAAAUGUGUUCCCCACGGUCAAAGAACAGCGGGCGUACGAAAAGAACCUGUUCAACAAAACACACCGAGCAGAUGCAGAAAUCAUCAUGCUGGAUGGGUUGACCUGCGUGUACAAGAGCAAUGUGGAUCUGUUCUUCUACGUGAUGGGCAGCACGCAGGAAAACGAGCUGAUACUUCUGUCGGUGUUGAACUGUCUCUACGAUACGAUCACCAUGAUCCUGAAGAAAAACGUCGAAAAGCGAGCGGUAUUGGAAAAUCUCGAUAUUGUGAUGUUAGCUUUCGAUGAAAUUUGUGAUGGAGGUAUUAUCCUGGAUGCAGAUCCAUCGUCCGUGAUGAAGCGAGUCGAUCUACGAAACGAUGACAUUCCGAUCGGGGAACAAACUGUUGCCCAGGUUCUACAAUCGGCCAAAGAACAACUGAAAUGGUCACUGCUGAAGUGAGAGCGGGUCGGAUUUUUUAUUUGCUUCCUUUUGUCCAUAUAAACCAAACACCGGCACCACUGGGGAAUAACGAAGCGGGAAUACCGAGCGUAUUGAAUCUUUUGUUUCGCAUUUUGCUUAGAGCCGGUUGGUAGCAUUCUAGUUCCAUCGUGGACCGCAUACAAGAAGGACAGAAUUAUUCCGUUUCAAAAUAAUUAGCGUAAUACGUUAAGUUCUAAACAGGAAGAUAAACGUUAAGAAAAC